UUCCUUACCUGUUCAACUACUAGUAGUUCAACUAGUUCAAAAGCAUAUUACAAAGAAAAGAUAAACUGGAUGGUCCAUUGGCUAACUGUGACAAUCUGGACAUCGUAAGCUGAAGCAGGCACUGGUGUGGAAUUAUGAUGACAAGCACAAGUCAUGAUGAAGAGGAUUCAGCAAAUCAGGAAAACUCCCUGUACAAAAUUCCUCUCUCCGAAAUCACAGUGCCAUCGCCAUCACAUCAUGCCCUGAUGGAAGAGAAAGCCCUGGCUUCACCGCCAGAGGAACAAGAGGAAGAAAAAAUUCGGCCUGUAGGAAACUUGGAAAUAUUCAGAUUUGCUGACAAAUGGGACAAGCUGUUUAUGUUUGUGGGGACUGCUGCAGCACUCUUUCAUGGGGCAGCACUACCGCUUAUGAUUAUCGUGUUCGGUGAUAUGACCGACUCGUUUGUCAAGAAUGCCAUCUUCACGCAAAUUACCGAGAAAAUGGAGGAGUUGAACAUCACUGGAGAAUUGGGCAACUGCACCGGUCUGACGUCACCAGAGUGCAUAGAGGGAGUGCAGCAUUUCUUAGACAUGCUUGGCAUCAACCUGGGCUAUGACCUAGCAGAACUAGCGGAAGCUGCCAGCAUCACAGACCUGAUGAGACGGUUUGCCGUGUUGUACAUCGGAAUCGGAUGCGGAGUGUUCGUUUUCGCUUACAUGCAGAUUUCAUUUUGGGCCAUGGCUGGAGAGCGACAAUCCCACCUCUUGAGACAGACAUUUUUCCGAGCUGUCAUGCGACAGGAGAUUGGCUGGUUCGAUGUACAUCACAGCGGCGGUGUCAGCACACAGCUCGUCGAUAACAUAGCCAAGUUCAGUGCGGGUAUCGGUGACAAGCUGGGCAUCAUGGUGCAGUGGGUGACCGCCUGCAUCACUGGUUUCAUCAUCGGCUUCACCUACGGCUGGAAGCUGACGCUCGUCAUCCUCUCUGUCAGUCCGCUGCUGGUCUUCUCUGCUGUGAUCGUGUCCAAGUUGGCCGCAGCUAUGAGCACUAUGGAGUUGAAAGCCUACGCGACGGCCGGUGCCGUGGCUGAAGAAGUGUUCAUGGCGAUUAGGACAGUGGUAGCCUUUGGAGGGCAGGAAAAAGAAGCAGACCGCUACAGCCAGAAUCUCGUGGCGGCGAAGAAGAUGGGCAUUAGGAAGGGCAUGAUGACAGGUCUGGGCAUGGGAUUCGCCUGGGUCGUUAUCUUCAGCACUUACGGGCUGGCGUUCUGGUACGGAUCACGCCUCGUGCGCGAAUCCUUCCUCAACGGUGAUGAGGAGUACACGCCGGGAAUACUGAUAACGGUGUUCUUUGCCGUGAUGAUUGGCGCGUUUGCGCUUGGUCACGCAGCACCGCAUGUGGCAGACUUCGCCACGGCUCGAGGAGCAGCGGCAGCCAUCUUCAAAACAAUUGACAGUGUGCCCUCAAUAGAUGUUAUGUCAGAAACGGGAGAGAAGCCCAACAAUCUUGUUGGUGACAUUGAGUUUAAGAAUGUCUUCUUCAAAUAUCCAUCAAGACCCGAUGUUAAGGUGCUGGAGGGGCUAUCCUUCUCAGUCAAGAAUGGACAGACUGUGGCACUCGUGGGGCCAAGUGGAUGUGGGAAGAGUACGACUGUGCAGCUAAUUCAGAGGUUCUAUGAUGUUGAAAGUGGCUCCGUGAGUCUGGACGGCAACGACGUGCGCAGCCUCAACGUGCGAUGGCUUCGCGAGCGCAUCGGUGUCGUCGGCCAGGAGCCCGUGCUGUUCGCAACGACCAUCGCAGAGAACAUCCGCUACGGAUGCGGUGGCGUCACGAACCACGACAUCGAGCAGGCGGCCAUGAUGGCCAACGCUCACGAUUUCAUCCUCAAGCUACCCGAGAAAUACCAGACACUGGUCGGAGAACGAGGAGCACAGCUGAGCGGCGGGCAGAAGCAGAGAGUCGCCAUCGCGCGUGCGCUGGUCAGAAACCCGCGCAUCCUGCUGCUGGAUGAAGCCACCUCAGCUCUCGACACGGAGAGUGAAGCCACUGUGCAAGCUGCGCUCGACAAAGCAAGGCAGGGUCGUACGACGAUCAUCAUUGCUCACCGAUUGUCGACUAUAAAGACGGCCGACAUGAUCGUUGUCGUGCAAGAAGGGCAAGUCGGUGAAAGUGGGAGACACUUGGAGCUAAUGGAACGUGAAGGUCUCUACUAUGAACUAGUCAUGGCGCAGGAGGAUCUGAAGAGCCUGCCGCCCGUCGACAUGAUGCGUCUAAUGAAGCUGAACGCUCCCGAGUGGCCCUACAUCUCCGUCGGCUGCGUGGCGGCGGCGGCGAACGGAGCUGUCAUGCCGAUGUUCGCAAUCAUCUUCGCGGAAGUUCUCGGGGUGUUUUCUAUACCGGACAUUAACGAGCAGGAGAGAAAAUCCAACCUAUACUCGCUCAUGUUUCUCCUUAUCGGCGUCGCCGCUGGAAUCACAAUGUUUCUCCAGGGCUACCUGUUCGGUUACUCGGGUGAGAACCUGACGAUGCGAGUGCGCUACAUGGGCUUCACGUCGAUGCUGAAGCAGGAGAUCGGCUGGUUCGACGACAAGAAGAACACGGUCGGAGCUCUGCUCACACGCCUCGCGACAGACAGCGCCAACGUGCAGGGGGCGACAGGCGUGCGACUCGGCUCGCUCGCGAACAGUGUGUCUAACCUCGUCGCCGGCCUGACGAUUGCCUUCGUGAACAGCUGGAAGAUGACGCUCGUCAUUCUCUCGUUCGUUCCGUUCAUCAUCGUCGGCGCCGCGAUGCAGAUGAAGAUGCUCGCGGGCAACCAGCACGCCGACAAGAAGGCGUUCGAGGAGAGCGGGCGGGUGGCAGCAGAAGCUAUAGACAACGUCAGAACUGUUGCCUCAUUGUCAAAGGAACAACAUUUUUGUAACCAGUACUCAAGAAAUCUAGUGAAACCACACAGUAACUCGCUGAAAAUGGCACACUUGUAUGGAGUUGCGUUCAGCUUCUCCCAGGCGAUCAUAUUCUUUGCCUAUUCGGCUUGCUUCUACUACGGAUCCGUGCUCAUUCAAAACGAGGGUUUGGACUACACCAAGGUUUUCAAAGUAUUUGCUGCGAUCAUCUUCGGUGCCAUGGCGAUGGGUCAGGCUAGCAGCUUCGCUCCCGACUAUGCGAAGGCAAAGACAUCGUCCCAGAGACUGGCCGUGCUGUUCGAUCGUGUUCCCCUCAUAGAUGGAUCAUCUACUGCAGGGGAAACACCAGAUACUUGCGAAGGAUCGGUAGAGUUCAGCAGCGUUGAGUUCAAGUACCCGAUGCGCCCUGACGUCAAGGUUCUGCAGGACUUCAGCCUGAGUGUGACUCCCGGUAAGGUGAUGGCACUGGUGGGAAGCAGCGGAUGCGGCAAGAGCACAACCGUGCAGCUGCUCGAACGAUUCUACGAUACGACAGAGGGCGUGAUUCGGAUCGACGGCCGCGACGUGAAACAGCUGAACGUGCGCUGGCUGCGGCGACAGAUCGGUCUCGUCUCGCAGGAGCCGAUCCUCUUCGACCGCACGAUCGCCACGAACAUCGCGUACGGCGACAACUCUCGCGACGUGCCCAUGCACGAGGUCGUCGCCGCCGCGCGCGACGCCAACAUCCACGCCUUCAUCUCGUCGCUGCCGCAGGGAUAUGAUACGAAUGUUGGUGAGAAGGGAACGCAGCUGAGCGGCGGGCAGAAGCAGAGAGUCGCCAUCGCGCGUGCGCUGGUCAGAAACCCGCGCAUCUUGCUACUGGAUGAAGCCACCUCAGCUCUCGACACGGCGAGCGAAAAGGUCGUACAGGAGGCGCUGGACAAGGCGCAGCAGGGCCGCACGUCCAUCACCAUUGCUCACCGGCUGUCGACCGUGCGCGACGCCGACAACAUCGCCGUGAUCCAGCGCGGACGCGUGAGCGAGCACGGCAAGCACGACGCGUUGCUGGCCGCCGGGGGGCUCUACUGCACGCUCGUCAGCUCCCAGCUCCACCAGCAGUGACCGGGACGCGCGUUUAUAGUCGCGUGCUCGUGUCACGGUUAGUGAGUUGGGUGCCAGGGAAACCGAGUGCUGUGCAUGAAGGAAGAUUCCUCAGAGUUUCCUAGUCCUCUCUCUCCAGUCAUCACCGGAAUUUAAAGGUGCUGAUGUUACUGGGACAAAUCUACGGAAUUGUCUAUGCAUUAUUCUUAUCGUUGCAGAAAUUGCUGUCGUCAUUGUAGUGGCGCCAUCUAUUUAAAUGAUGCUGAUAUUACUAAGGAAAUACUGGAGAGAUCCUAGUCGUCUUUCUGGUAAUUGCAAAAUUGCUGUCGUCGUAGUCUAAUGUAAAGAUGCUCAGGUCAUUACAAAAAUUCCAGAGAACUUCUUAGACCUCCUUCCUGACAUUGGAGAAAUUGCUGUCGUCCUAUUGGCCCCAUCCGCUUAGUUGCUGAGGUCAUUAGGAAAAUUUCAGGGAAUUUUUUGGUCCUCAUUCUUGUAUUGCAGAAAUUUUCGUUGCCAUGGUGGCGCCAUCUAUUGUCAAGUUACUGAGAUUCCCGGUUCUCUCCGGAAAAUCCUGGAGAAGAUACUAGUCCACUCUCUGGUCAGGCCCGUAGCCAUUUUUUUACUGGGGGGAGGGUUUACUUAUUUCACUGGUCCACCGCUUGAGGGCGCGAAGUGCCCGAGCGAGGGAGCGAAGCGACCGAGCGGUAGGAAAGGUGUCCCACAUGAGGGAGCUUUUGCCAUUUUUACCCUAAAAUGGAGCGAUCUGGUGCAUACCCGAGGUGAAAUUCUUGCAAAUUUUCAAAAGAAAAAAAAGCGAGUAUUUUCAAAUGAGAAACUCUCGGGGGGGGGGGGGGAGUAUUUUCGGAAGUCUUCCCCCUUUGCUCAUUCCUGCACACCUAAAAACAUUGAGUGAUAGUUUAGCUUAUCACUCAUCAC